AUGGAGCGCAUAGUUCACAGACAAGUGUAUGAGUACUUGCAAGAGCAUGAUCUAAUCACCUCAGAACAAUUUGGUUUUCGCCCUAAGUUAUCCACAAGCAUUGCUUUGACACAACUCACUGAGGAAAUAUUGCACAAUCUCGACAAUAAAUUGGUUACCGGUGCAGUUUUUAUCGACUUGCGAAAGGCGUUUGACACGGUAGAUCACGAGCUGCUAAUUUUGAAAUUAAGAAAUCUUGGUUUUUCAAAGUCUGUCAUUAACUGGUUCACGUCCUAUUUGUCAUCACGUACAGUAGUCACAUCUAUCAACAAUUCAACAUCGAGUGCAAAACCAGUCACCGUUGGUGUGCCGCAAGGAAGCAUAUUGGGCCCGUUACUUUUCUUGAUAUUCAUUAACGACUUGCCUCAAUGUCUUAAUAACU